GUGAAUAAAGGAUCAACAGUCUCCAGCUUCUCUCGUCUUGGUGUUCUCCUUCGGGUCUUUGACAUCAGAGUGCUAGUUGGAUUGGAGGUUUUGGGAAGUGGAUAAUUUUCCACCACAGAUCUGGAGGUUCUACCGAGAUUUGAAAGGAUUCAACAAGGGAAGCAGUUCCGUCCCGGGUGAAGCAGACUUCUCCAGUGCAGCUCUCCGGGCCCAAAAAGGGCGGUGCCACCAGAAGGAGCAAGAGGUCCGGAGGAGUCGGAGGACGAUGACGGGGACCAGGGCCCGCCAAGGCCCCCACCAGACUCCCCCGGGGAGGAUGAUGGUGGUGGGGAACACAGGGAAGGACCAAGUACGCGUAGGAGUACGGGGCGGAGGGUACUGCCGGCUCCUGCUGAUGACCCUGGGCGGAAUGUACCUAGGGUGCCUGCUGUUUUCCCUCCCCUAUCUGUGCCUACAGGUGCUGGUGAUGCUGGAGCCGAGCCAGGCUCGAGGAGGGGAAGGCGACAUCCACCUGAGGUGGGAACCACUCCCGAAUCCCAAGUAUCCCGACCUGUCACCGCCUCAACCAGCGGUGAUCCAUCAGCUGACCCCACAGCCCACUCUCGGGCCGCGACCACACCCGACCUCACGGGGAGCAACGCCGAAGAAACGCCGAGGCCGGAAGAAGAAGCACCGCCACCGCCACCACCACACCAGCAAGGGAACGACACCAUCGACUUUGGGGACUUCUACGCCGACUGGGAUUACCCAUACCCAGCCGACGCCCCUGCUGACGACCAGGCUGGAGCACAGUCAUCCGCCGCAGAAAUUGCCGAGGCCCUCGACGCGCUCAGGCUACCCGCUGUCCUUACGCCUCCCCCCCGGACACCUCCUCGACAGGGCUCGCAGCUUUCUGCGGAGCCUGUGGAGAGGCCGACGGACUCAGGGCACACCACGGGCGGCCCCCACUUCGGGGACGACCGCCCAGGGACCAGCCAAGAGACAAGACAAAUACUCCAAGGGAUCGGCCUGGACGAAUACUCCCCCGAUGCCCACUGGACUGGGGGCUUCGAAGAGGCCCUUGACUGGCCUCUCCGGAGCUUCCCAGAGGACGACGAAAGCGACGGAGGGGGUGCAGACUGCCACCCCCAAUGACGCUCUGCAAGAGGACGGAGAGGAGCUGCUCGACGACAGUGCCCUAGACACGGACAAUAUUCUGUACAUAGGGGAAUCAGGAAAAGAAAUAUACACGCCAGAGCCGGAAGCAUCGGGAAGUAACGAGUACAUCCCGGUGCCGGACAAUGCAACGACUCAAAGCAAGAAUGAGAGCGAAAAUGUAAAUAGUACAAGCACACUUCCAGAAAGCCUGUCAAAGAACCAGACUGAUGGGACUCAGGCCAAGAAAAGAAGAAAGAGAUCAACAAGCGCUCUAGAGGCAUGGGAGGACAAUUCAUGGAUGCAAUGGGCCAAAUACACAGCAAAGACAGUACGACCAGACGGAGGGUGCUAUGUGUGCUCGGCCGUAAAACCAAAGCUAACCAUCCUACCAGCACCAGGAACUGGAGAGGGGGACGCGGUACACCGAGAAUCAGGAAGGCAAUACAAAGAGGAUAAGCUGUCUCCGUUUGGAUGUCUUGUGCGAUUGGGGAGUGAGGAGUUACGUAAAGGGGUGGACUAGUAUAGGCCCCUUAUAUGCAGAACUAAAAAAGGGAAAAAGAGCGCACGGAACCCAAGAAAAUGAGGCAAGAUGUAGAAGAGACUACCCAGGAAUGGGAACCAGGGUAGCAAGGAAAACCCACCGCCUUUAUGAAAUACCAGAAGACGUAGGGUUUGAAUGUUUUGAAGUACACCCCACCGAAAACACAGUCAAGGGGGGCACGACGGAUGUAGGAGCCUUUGAAGGACACUGCGCAGCGAAAUGGGUCCACGAAUCCAACAGCCUCUCGUUUCGCCUGGUAGAGAGAAGCAACCACGGGGAGGAGAUUGGAGUCGAAGCAAACACCACGAUGCUAAGUGUAAAUUGGAUAUACGAACAGGACAUUCCGCUGGCAGAUUUUUGGUGGGCCUGUGGAAGACGAUGGGGACUGCGAAACACCCUUCCAAAGUACUGGAGAGGAAAGUGUGCCAGGGUCACUUUGGCCCAGCAAA